AAGUCCUGUAAGUUACAUAGCUAAGCUUAGUCAGACUUUCUUAUGUUGUAAUUCAGUUGUCACAAGUCAUUUACAAUUGCUUGUUUGGUCUUCGUUGUUACUCCUAAGUUUAUUGUUUCGUAAAUGUUUAAGUCCCGCUGGCGCUAUGAUGUUACGCUAAGUUGUCCAAUAAUCUUGUACAGAAUUUGGUAAUAUGGUUGGUAAGGGUUUCAUAGCUGAUAAAAUUUCCAUUUGUUUACCCACCUAAAGCGGUAUUAUUGAUUGUGUUCUCGUAUCUAAAUGUUUUGAUUUUGAUAUUUGUAGCUCAAUUUCAAAUGACUCUGACUUAUCGGUGCAAACACUGUAAUUGUAAUAUUCUAAUGUUCAUAAAGUAUUUAUUUGAUUUGGAAUCGUGGGUUAUUAUCUUGUAUCUGAAUUGCUUAUGGACAGUUUCUUGUUUAUGAGCAUGUGCACCAUACAAACGGAUGGCCAAUUUCACUACUGGCUAACAUAAGAGUAGAUUAAUAACAAUCAGCUGCGUAAGAUAGGAUUGGGAUUCCAUGUACUUCUAGUAUGGUUAGUGCAAAGGGAUAUAGAAAAAAGGUAUUAAAUUUUAUUAGGUUGGUUUUUGAUGUGUUAUUGUUAUAUUGCAAAAAGCAUUGCUUUCCAUUAAUAAAUAAGAUUGUUCGUAUGUCAUUAAGAAGUUGUCUGGGCGGAUUAUCCAAGCGUUUCCAGUAAGCUGUAAACCUGACUUAUUGUUUGAGCGCUGAACAUUAUUGAUACAAAUGAUCAGUACAGUACAGGCCGCUCAAAAUUGUUGGAAUUAAGACUCCCAGUGUUUAGUUUUUAAUACGAAGUUAAUAACAUUAGUGCUUCUAGAUAAACAUGUUUCAAAUGAUCCAAUUUGGUCUCAAACUUUCCAUACUAAUAAUUUCGAACCCUGACAGUUUGGUCAGUGUCCUAUUACUUUUUGGUUAUUGACAAUCGGGUAGUUAACACCGUUUUCCAACAUCUUGAAAUUCCAUGUUAAUCCCACUUAAUAUUUUAGAUAUAACUCUGCAUAUUCCUUUUUCGACUUAAGAUUCAUUACAAUAACGGUUUUUAUAUAAUCGUUAAUUAAUGUAGCAUAGUGUUUGAAAGUAUUCGAUAAAUGGCGUUUGUAGUACUAUUUAUUGCAGUUAAGCUAUUCAUCCAGCUUUAAGAUUUGGUCUUAAUUACCAAUGCUUCUCAUCUCCCUUAAGACAUCUUUGAUCGAGAUCAUGAAUCAAUUGUUGUUAGAUCGCCUUUGCUAACCUGGAAGCACUGUCAAGGAAAUUCUGGGAGUUCUAGUGAGAUGCCGUGAUCAGUGUAGCAAAUCGGUAUCUACCAUAGACAAUGGAAGAUAGUCGCGCUAUUCCGUGAAUUGGUUGAAGUUAGGCAUUAACACCGUUUGAUGUUGGCCCAGUGAUCUAGAAGUCAAGCGUUCGUUCGCGAGACCGAGUGUCCUGGAUUCGAAUCCCGCGUGCGAGAUCGUGGACGCACACUGUUGAGGAGUCCCAUAUUAGGACGAAAUGACCGUCCAAUGCUUCCAGGUUUUCAGUGGUGGUCUAACAUCAGUCGGUUCAUGAUCUUAAUCAAAAAAUUAAUAAUCUCCACAACCUCAUACUGAUAGAACAUAUUUAAUGUACAAAAAUAUCAAAUUUGCGUGAGGAUUCGUAUGUGAUUGGGCACUGUGUCAUGCUCAUAACGUCAUUUAGUGAAAAUUACAAUCUCCGUUUGCUUAUUUAGUAACAUGAAACUCACUGUUUUUAACAAUAAUGUUCUUAAUUCCUAAAGUAGCUUUCGCUCUAUCGUCUACCACUUACUAUGUGGAUUUAUUACUGGUUGUAUGAUUUUUAUCUUGUAAAUCACCUGGAGGUCAUUAUCAAAUGUUUCAUCUUUCUGUUUCUUUGUUAGAAUUCAUGAUUUCUAAUCAGCACAAUAAUGCUGCUGUUUCGUACGCAUACAAUGCAGCGAAUCGGCAACAGAGACAAAUACAAAUUGUCGAUGCUAAUUCGUUACAGCCUUUAUCAGAAUCACUCGUAAAUGAAGAAUUUAAACGUGACGAAAUUCCAGUUCAGAAUGCUCAAGUGGUUUACGGAACUUCUGCUGCCGGCUUUGCACCAGUGGUUGGGCAAAAUGUUCAGCUCGUUUCAUCAGUACCUAAUACAAUAGAAUUAGCGAAUAAUGCAUAUGAUUCGUCAAUGGUUGUCCCUCAAGAGCCUCCACAGGCAGGCUUGGAUAUCGAACCCAUUGAUUUAGAAGAGGUUCAGAAAAUUCAGGCUCGCAUGCCAGCUGCUGAUCCAAAUGCUCCUGUGGGUUCAAAUAAAAACCCGAUUAGAAUUAUACAACAAGGAAACCAGUACAUAACUACACAAGAUGUAUCCGACGAGCACUUGCAACAAAUCAUUCAAGUCCUAACAAAUCAAGCAUUACUAUCAAGUAGCGGUUCUCGACCAAGUGCAAUUUAUAAUCGUCUCACAAAUCGUCGCAUUAUAUUUCGUGUAACACGUGCAAAGCGUCGUCAUGAUGAUGGAAAUACUGGAGCUACAGCACUAGGUGGCGAGAGAAAUAGAUCCAGCAUUACUGUUAAAAGUGAGAAAAAAAGUCGAGCUGGUCGACCUAUUGGACGAAAACGUAGAAAACGUGGUUCAGAUGAGGAAGAUCCUGACUUUGAACCUGAGGUGCCGGAAGAAGAAGUUCUACCAUUUCCAUUAAUUAGACGGACAUCUGCUUCUGGUCGUGUAUCAAAGCCUCCAAAACACUUGGUUAAGGACUAUAAACAUUUGCGUCUAGAAGAUCUGACAUCUAAACCGGAGUCAAGUGAGGAAGAUGAACACUCCGAUGGAGGUUACUCUGAUUAUAUUAACGAUGGACUUUCGGAUGAAGGUUGGUCCGAAGAUGGCACGAAUAGAAGUUUACGUUGGCCAUGUCCUUUGUGCACUAAAGUGUUCACUUCUCGUGCUGGAGUCGCACGACAUCGAAGUAUUGCUCAUGGACCAAACCGCGGUAGACCUCGGGGCCGUUGGGCCAAUCCAUACAUGGCUAGUGUUCGACGCAGAGCCAAAUUAAAAGAGGCUGUUUCUGAAGCUACAGAUGAUGAUUUAAUUGAAUUUGUUGCACCACGUUUGUGUAAAUUAAUUAGUCCAUGGGAUCAUCUUCUUUUACGUUCAGAGCAUGGUAAUCCUCCUCUUCCUCAAGUGCCUCGUGUUGUUUUGGAUUACUUGAGUUUAGUAGAACGUGCUAGAUCAUUUCUCUGCGAUCAAUUAGAACCACGAACAGCAAAAAAAUCAAAGCAGUCAAAUGAAAUGGAUUCAGAAAAUCGAAAAGAUGGUGAAGACGAUAACGAUGAACCAAGUAGCGCUUCGAAGAAUAAAGAAAAUUCUUCUGAUGUAAAAUCACAAGAUAGAUCCAAUGCCCAGUCGAAUGGGGCUCACAAUGAUGAUGAGGAUGAUGCCGAGGAAGAAGAAGAAGAAGAUGAUGAUGAUGAUGGUGCAAUCAUAGUUAAGGUGGAUACAGAGGAACAGUCUGCUGCCUUAGGUCUAUCUUGUGGUAAAUACAUUGUGAAAGAACCAUUACGUGAAGAAUACCUGCCUAGGCGUUUCCGAUCAAUAUUGGCAGCUCAAAGAGCAAAUGCAGCAGCAGCGGCUGCAUCUGAUUCUGAUAAGGGUAGUGUCGGACAUCAGAAACGUGCUGUGGUUGCCAUGGAGACAGCUGAGGAUGAUGAGGUCGAUGCAACUUUGCGCAGUGACAUUGCCUCUACAGAAGACUCAGUUCAACACUUUGGCGAUGCUGCUGUUUCAAAUCAAACUGAUAAUAAUUCUCAAAAUAUUGUGUCAUUGGGCGAGGAGUUACUUCUCCUUCCCGAGGGGGGUUUAGGUUGUCCAGUACCUGAUGAAUGGCUUACCAGCGGUGCUUUCCUCACAGUCCUAACAGAGAAUGGUCAAACUAGUGAUUUGGUUAUGGAAGCCGCUACUGGUCGUCUAUUUCAUCGCCCCACAGGUCAUCUUGUCAGUUUAGCUGAUUCUCAGCAAGCAAAUCAGUCAGAAGUCGAUUUUCAGGGUGAAAGUUAUGAAUACGAAUCAACAAAUGUUGAACAAAAAACUAAGGCAGUAACAGCUCCUAAACAGCCAAGUUCAGAUAGACGCAAAGGUGCAUCUUCGAAGUCAAAAGCGCCAUCAAAAUCUCAAACCAAUGAAGAAUCUGAAAUUAACAAUGAUGAUAUCUUAUCACAACAAGAACAAAUACUUGCUCAACUGGCUGAAAAUGGAGAUGUGGUUGAUCUCAACACCCUUUUUCCUGGUGUAUCUGUUACAGAAGUAUCACCUGGUGUAUGUUUGGUUACUAAACCAAAUGGAGACCGUUUUAAUGUUGAGCAUGGUGGCGAAGGAAUAACUUUGGAAACGUUACAAGCUAUCUUGCAAAUGGAUGCAUAGUUGAUUUUUGCGGGCGUUAAAAAGCUGUUAGUCUCUUGUAAAUAGACAAUCAGUUUGUUUUUUGAUUCACUGAAAUCCCAUGCUCACUCUCACAAAUCUCAAUGUUAACCUAUUCAUUUCUCACGAAUAUUUAUUAUGUAUACUUAGAUUCAUGUGUAUUUAAACUAAUAUCCCAUUUUCCACAUGUACAAAAGAUUACUCACUUCCUGCUGUUUGUAAGGAUUUUUCCAUUGAUAUAUAUGAGGUAAUCUGCUCUUUAUUCCAGACAUUAUAUCUUGAAUUCAUUUAUAUGUGUAUUUGUACCAUUCUCUGUACUGUUUCCUAUAAACUAUGUUAGUUACUAUAUUGUCAGUAUUAUUGAGCUAUUUAUCAUUUUCAUGCUACUGAUC